AUGUUAUACCAACUCGACGUACAACUUAAGGUACUGGUAGUAGUCGGCCUUAUAAGUAAUGUUGUGGGCAUGGAACUGACGGCUGAAAUGUUUGAAUGUGGCACGGGUAUGUUCACUAAUACAUUGGCUUUCAAAACUGCUCAUGAGGAAUGUCCAACCAAAGUUGGUGAGUUUGAAAUUUUUAAAAGUUUAAAAUUAAAAAAAAAAUCAAAUUUUAAAAGUAAAAAAAAAUUUCAAAUAAAAAAAUUUUUUUUUAAUUUUUAAAAUUUUCAGAAUUAGUAAACGACUGCUGUCGAAAGCAUGAUAAAUGCUACGACAACUACGGUGGUCCUCCUCAAGAAGAAUGUGAUACUCAAUUCUGUGAUUGUAUAGCAGCUCAACAGUGCGGAAAAAUAGUCGAGCUAUGGUGUCCGAUAGUAAAAGCAGCGGGUAAGAAGGCCUUCAAUACUGGUCGAUUAGAAGGUUGUUUGAAUCAGACUAAGACCGAGCUUGAGGAACAAAAGUGUUACGUUGAGUUUGAUGUUGAGGAAGAGCUGCAGAAACAACAAGAGACGUUGGGGGAUAUGAUGGAAAAACAUGGCAUGGCUGGGCGGUGUAUACACAAUGAGACAUGUAAGUUGGUCCAUUCUACCCUACCCUACUUUACACAACCCUACCCCACCCUACACAGCCUUCACAUGCCCUACCCUAUUCUACCCUACCCUACCCUACACAGUCUUUCCAUGCCCUACCCUACCCUACACAGCCUUCCCAUGCCCUACUCUACCCUACCCUACCCUUCCCACCCCUACCUUACCCUACCCUACACAGCCUUCCCGUGCCCUACUCUACCCUACCCUACCCUUAUCUCUACCCCUAACUCUACUACAUCCCCUAUCCCUGCCUCUACAAGUACCGUAUUACUACCGUAUCCUACACUGCUCCUGUCCUUUUUAUUCCCUUUGCUCCUUUCCCUGUCACUGCCCCUACCGGUACCCUUAAAAGUACUUUUAGUGCUACCCUAAUCUACCCUAACGUUACCGUAUCAUGCUUUAGUAGCCAGAGCCCUCCAUCUCAACAUGACCCAACCCUACUUUUACCAUGGCAUCAGCGACUAACCCUCACCUUACCCUACCUUAAUUUCCUCAACCUUACUUUACCACCCUGCUCUCCCCCCCCCCCCUACCGUACCUACCCUACAAAGUAUAAAAACUUUGGUAUACUGUAACAUAAAAUUUUAAUUUUAGUAGAAAUGUGUACGAUCGUAUACGACGCCUAUUUGGGCAAGAUAGCCAACACCAAGCUGGAAGGUGUUUGUAGUUGUUUGGCUAGCGGGCUGAACAACGAAACGGACGGGUGUACCGACGGCUACAAUAAGAUUUGUACCAAACUGUAAAUAUUUUUUUUUCUAAAUUUGUGUGUUGUGAUUGUACUGUAACUUUGUUUGUUUUUGGUAUUACUGUGGCUUUACUAACAUAAAUAUUUACCUAAACUAACAUUUAUGUACUUAUGUUACUGUAAUGUACUAUAUUGUACUCUGCCCUACCAUUUGCUUCACUACUCUACCGUACCUUGUCUUAUCCUACAUUACCGUACCCUACCCUACUCUUCCAUACCCUACCUUACUCUAUCAUACCCUACCAUACCCUACCCCACCCUGUCCUACCAUACCACACCCUACCCUACCCAACCAUUUAGGUAAGCCCGGGCUUGAAAAUCAAGCCCGGCCCGUUUCUCAUGUCUAUCCUACUCUAGUCUAUAUUAUCCCAAUCUAUCCUACCCUUCUCUAUCCCACCGUGCCUUUGUCUGCCAUACACUACCCUACCUUACCCUGCGUUGCUUUGCUUUACCAUUCCUUUCUCUACCCUACUAUACUCUACUAUGCCCUACUUUGAUAUAAGCUUGCCUUCUUAAAAUUUAUUCAACCUCCUUAAGAAAACCCUGCCUUUCCUUUAACAUGUCCUACUCUCUCCCUCUCUCAUCAUAAUAUACCUGCUCCUACUAUAACAUACAACUAUACGUGCAGGAACAAUGGUAUUUUACAAAAAAAAUUUUUUUAGCACAGAAUCCGCGGCUUCGACAUAUCACAACAUUUUGGUCAUAACCGCCCUUAUUACUGUAAUCCAGACGUUUUUAUGA